GGCCCUAGUAUAAAUUGGGGGACUUGGUGCAGUGGGAGCGGUGGUGUGAACAUUUCGUCGAUCUUUCAAUGUGCCUGGUCGGAGUGCGGCUCACAUGGACAAGGGACGAGGAGCACCUCGCUUGGGUUGAGUACAUGGAGCUACUGAUCAUCAAGGCCUGGCGGACGGAGGUGGAAGGCAAUCUUCGUAGAUUCCUGUUUGGAUCCGUGAGGCCCGACCAUCACCAGCUAAUCGUGCAGGAACUCACGGUUCCUCUCGCGCAGUUGGUUGACGAUCUCCCCCUUGAUAUCGUCUCGCAGAGCGACGAAAGCCCGGUCUCGCACGUCCUCACACGAACGCUGACGCCGUACCUUCAGUGGUCGGCGUGCUUGGAGGAGUCGGGAAGCGGCCGCGACCAGCCAUCACAACGAGGCUACCUGGACCCGCGGAAAAUAAUCGAUCUCGCCUUCUUCCAGGACCGAACAGUCUCCGAAAACGAGGAGCUAGCAAUAGAAGAAGAAGUGGAAGAAGAAGAAGGCGCAGCAGAAGAAGAGGAGGAAGAGACACCGGAAGAAGGCAGUUAUAGUGAACAUAGUGAGGGAGAGCAGAGUGAGGACGAAGAAGAAGAAGAGGAAGACGAGGAAGAGGAAGAGUUGGAGCUGGAGAAAUCCGAGUGGAAAAUCUCGGCGGAAGAAGUAAAACGAAUGGACGCUCAGACGGAGGACCUCGAGGCAGCGUGCAAAAGAGAAGAGAUUGUGGCCGGAAAGCGACAGCUGGAAUUCGCACGCGGAGCAAAUCUGCCCAUCUCCGACGAUCCAGGCAAAGAUCCGAAGCCGCCCAAGCCCGAAGAUGGGGACCCAGCUGCUGAGACUUCGAGCGCACCGGCCAGGCGGUGAUGAAGUCGAUCCCCCUCCCCCUCCACCUCCGACCGUCUACAAGUUCGAGCCCGUACCGAUGCGGGCCAUCAGGCUU